UAUAAUUAUAGGAAACUCAGUCAAUCUAACGUUAAAGUUUAAACUUAAACCCAUAAAUUCUCAUCAUAUACAUAUAUACAAACAAGCAGCUAAAGACGAGCUCUCCACUAACCAUAAAUUCUUAAAAACAAAAUAUACUUUCUCUUGAUUCUCUCUUUUUUCUUGUUUAAAUCUUUUCUUCUUCUUCUUCUUAUCAUAAGGAAUUCAUCCCUCUAGUUGUGGAGCGCCUUAUUGUCCAAACUCAUCACAUAUAUUCAUUUCCCUCUUUUUCCAUUUAAACCUUAACUCACUCUCUUGAAUCAAGUAAACCCUCCCACCAAUUCAUGAAACUUCCUUUGAUUCAUACCAUCUUUUUUCUUCCAGUUUAAACAACAAAAGGUUCUCAAUGGAUCUUCAAUACCAUCAACCAAAAAAAGAACAAUCCACUUCGGUCAAUAAAGGAAACAAUAAAUUCAGAGCAAUAAGGAAUAGAAGUGGUGGUAAUAGCAAUAGUAAUACAAAGUUUGUUGGGGUGAGGCAAAGGCCUUCCGGAAGAUGGGUGGCAGAAAUCAAAGAUACAACACAGAAGAUAAGGAUGUGGCUUGGAACAUUUGAAACAGCCGAAGAAGCUGCUCGAGCUUACGAUGAAGCUGCUUGCCUUCUUCGAGGAUCAAACACUCGUACAAAUUUCAUCACCCAUGUCUCAACUAAUUCUCCUCUUGCUUUUCGAAUUCGGAAUUUGCUAAAUCAGAGAAAGAGUGGAAAGCAACACCCCCUUCUUAAUAACCAUACUAGUAACAGUUCAUCAUCGUCGUCAGCUUUAUCGUUAUCACCGUCAUCAUCUUACGCCACUAGUACUAUUACCACUGCAACAACAACUACCGCUACUACUACUGCCCCGUCUUGUGCUAGUACUAGCAGUAGUGAUAGUAGUGGUCAAAAUUCAUCACCCAAAGCUGACGAGCACAAAGAAGAGAGAGUACUGUCAUCGCAGAUAUCUGAUGAUGCUGGAUAUAGACCAGACUUGAGCAGUGUUCACGAGGAAUUCGAAUUGUUGGCGGGUUCUUCAUCAUCAACAACACAAUCUGAUCCUUCUUGGUUCUUUGGACAUGGGUUAGCAGAUCAUUGCUAUUCUUCCUUCUGUCAAGAUGCGUUUGAGCAACUUCCAAAUAAGAAUGUUAUGUCAGAUCAUUAUCCCCUGGCGAGUAUUGUCAAUAGCAAUAACCACCACCAUCAUCAUCAAACUCGGUCAACAUCAGAGAUUACAGAGUUUGAUAGGAUUAAGGUAGAGAGACAAAUAUCAGCAUCACUCUAUGCCAUGAAUGGUGUUCACGAAUACUUGGAGAGUUAUCAUGAUCCCAUUGAUGGUUUGUGGGAUCUCCCCCCUCUAUGUCAAUUGUUUUGUCCCCUAUGAGAUGCAUAUGCAUAUGAUCAUGUUGAUGGUCAUAUCCUCUCUAGCACUCUUCCUUCUUAAUUUUACUUGCCUCUUUUUAGUUGUUUUCUUAAGAGAUCCCUCAGAAUUAUGAGAGGAGAUGGUAUCUGGAAUUGGUGUCCAUUAAAAGUAAGAAUGAAUGCAAGUUUAGAUGAUGCAUAUUUUUUACUUUUAACUGAAAUUUUAUUAACACAUUUCUCGAGUCAGAUUAAGAAAUUGUUUACCAAGAGGUUUGCUUGAUCAUUCCUUCUUCUUUUCUUAAUCAGUAUCCAUCUCGCCUUUCGUGCUUACACAUAUAGCAUAGACAAUCUGAUAACGACACUUCUAUAAAUUCAACCAUACAUAUGAUGGAAAAUGAUAUAUCACCAAUUCAACACAAUGCACUUGGGUUGGGAGCUUAGCAUAACUAUCAGUGUCAAUCUGUAUCUACUAUCUAUGUGUUGGUAUUCAUAUGGCUGAUUUGACAUCCUCUUGCAAUUAUCCAACGGUGUGAGGAUGACCCCUUCACCAUGUUUACUUCACCACAGAGCAUAAUUAGACCCUGGUGAGCCUCACAUAGCUAUGUGGAUGACCAUGCAUCAUACAUCACCCGUACACGGAAAAGGAAAAAUGCAACCCCAACCGCUGAUCAAUCAGCCACUUCUUGUUCCUAUGGAUACUGGACCAUCUUCUUGUUCUCCAGGUAGCUAAGUGUGGAUUUGACUGUGUGAUUCUCCAGAAUAUUUCUAGGUUAGGUUAAUGAAACAUCAAUAAAAACUGAUAUUUUGUACCUUGCCUGGGAGACAAAAAAGUGGGUUGUGUUGGAUGCUCCGUAGAGGGAUCAUGGUUCUAGCUUUUAGGUCAUCAUCUAUGUGUACUGGUUGAACUAAAUCCAAAAUAAAUUGGGGCUCUAGUGUCACCUAAUGGUUUAUACUCCUUGAAUCCAACAGGCACCAGUUAAUCAACAGGAGGAAUGAAUGACCUCCAAAACCUGAAUGGUCUCUACCUCACGACACCCUAUUUUACUUCUAACACCUUGUCAUCAUCACAGAAAACUAUAGAUGAUUUCUUUGCUUACAGAUAAUAGUUUUAUGUUUCAGAAAGACUAUCUGUCACAAGAUCACACAAUUUCCAGUCCACUAACCAAGUGCAUUAAUGGCAACUUUAGGCAAUGAAAAACGUGAAAACUAUAAAAAGCCAUGCUUUGAAUAAGUGACUUGCUAACAUCAUAGAUAAUAAGAAGAAGAAAAAUCCAAGAAGAAAACCUCACUUUAAUCUCAUCAUGAAUGCGGAGACUUUUGCAGUAUCACAUUUGUUUUUAUGAAAUAUGGUAGUGGUGUGCAACAGUCCAACCUAAAUUGCUGGCGAAAAGAACUAGUUAAACCUCUGAACUUGAGUUCUUGAGGAGAGUUCAGAUGUUCGUGAGAGAUCAGAAUAGGCAGAUACAAAACUAUUACUAUCCUAUGGCAAGUAACUGAUAAGAUGAUACUACACCGUUUUCGAGAAAGAAACAAAAGUGCACUAGCCAGUGAGAGAGAGAGAGAGAGAGAGAGAGAGAGAGAGACCUGAGAUCAGCAGUAGCAUGAUAAGGAGGUUGCAUGAUAAGUCUGCAAAAGAAGACACAAGUCGUAACAAGUAAUAGUUGUACAGAGUCUCAUACAUGAAGGAAACACU